UAUGUCAACAUACAGGCUUUACUUUGAUUCUCCUCCACAUUCCACAGGGGUGAGGGAGGAGAGGGGACAAGGCUGAGUUAGCAGCUGCAUGGUGCUUAAUUUCCAUCUGGGCUUAAACCAUGCCGUAGUGAAAGAACCCUUCCCUCAUAUUCUCCCAAAGCCAAAUCUAUCUUUGCCAUAUGGAUGACAUUGCAAAGAAACCAAAACCCGCCUUCUCCCUCAAGACAAAAGAGGGUCUCUUUGAUUUGAAACGCAAUGUCCUGAGAAAUUUUCUGGCAGAAGCACUUGUCUGGGAUAAUGACGUAUCAGCUCAUGCCCAGAAUGUUGCCAAGGCCAAAUAUGAAUUUUUAUUUGGCUUGGAAGAAGAGAAGCCUUCAGGAAUGGGUAGUGGCCGCGGAAGCAGCAGUUUGCCUCCUCAUGCCAUCAUCAAUGAAUUUCCAGAGUACGGCAGUGUAGAGUCAAGCAGACAAGCGGCAGCGGCUCCACCGACGUGCCAGGCCGAGCCCGUAAGGCGCAGUCCGGAACGGCGGGACAGCCACCACCGCGUCAGGCCUGCGCCUCAGCGCGCCGCUCCUGCACACAACCUGAGGCCUGAUGCAGGGCCUGUGCAGCUUCACACCCCAGAAGAAGGUUUGCAACCUGCAGGUAAUCUGCCAGAGAUUAUGAAAAUCUCUCAACGGCUAGAGGCAACAAAGGUGCAAGAAAGAGCAAAUACUUCUCUCGAUUCAGAGACGCAAAUGGAAAAAAAGAAUGUUACUGGCAGCCAAAAUGUGCAGGCAGCCAGAGAACCAGUUCCAGCAGGCCAAGAAAAACUCUCAGACAUGCUUCUUCCAUCUGAACGAACAGCUGAGGAAAAAAAGCAUUUGAUCAUAGAGAAGGAUCUGGCUUCAAUAUGGGCUGAAGAAAAGCAGUCCAAAUCCUCACAAGCCAUAAGUAAUAAAGCAGAGGAGGUCCACGCAGCUCAGGAACCAAGCUGUCACAAACUAUCUGUGACAAACCUGGAAGCAGUCAGCAGAGUGGAGAGGGGGACACAUUCUGAGGAGUUUUCAGAGUACAGUCAAGGCAGAAUGCAAACAGGUCCUGAAAGAAGGCUUGCUAAAGAGGCAGCUGUGAGUAAACAUGUAGAAUUUCAAGGUGUGGAGAUCUUAUGGCUGCAAAAAGCUGAGGAGCAGAGAAGAAAGAAACACUCACUGCUGGACUCUGUAUCUGUGGAGAGGAAGGCAUUCCCCAAAACAUCCAGCCACCCUGUGUCACCAAUGGUCUCCCCAGCCUUGGUUUCUUUGCCAGACAGUGCGUGGAGUGAGGUCUGUGAAGACACAAGGCUGGGACCUGCUGCCUCUGGAGCCACUCCUCUGUCACUGCUCGAUGAAAGCAGGAAGGAUGAAGCUACUGUGAAGAACAGGAAGAACUGUGGUGAGGAGGAGGUAGCUGUGCUUGCAAGAGGCCAGGGCAGGAUGGUGGAGGAGGGGGAAGCAGCCACAGGAGGAUACGAAGAUUUCCUUGGGCAGAAGCACUCUGACGUCUCCACUGAUCUGUACAGCUCACAGUUUGAAAACAUCCUAGACAAUGCAUCUUUGUACUACAGUGCAGAAUCGCUGGAGACAUUGUACUCGGAGCCCGAUAGCUACUUCAGCUUUGAGAUGCCACUCACUCCCAUGAUCCAGCAGCGCAUGAAGGAGGGUGGACAGUUUUUAGAUAGGACAUCAGCCUUGACAGAUGUUCCUGACAGGGAAGUGAAGGGAUGUGGUGAAGGCAUCGCCAAUGGCUUAAGGAAUGCAAGUGAAACACUCUUCAAAGGAGAUGUCACAGAAGUCCCUUCUCUGGAAAGCAAUGUUGAACCACAGAAUGUGGUGUUAGACUCCAGUGCAGCCAUGGGGAGCAAUGAACUUCAGGAGAAAGAUGCCACUGGAGCCCCGGGCCAUGAUCUCAGCAAUGGCAGCAGCAGGAAUUUGGAAGCAGCCAGGCGCCUGGCUAAGCGCCUCUACCAUCUGGACAGAUUCAAACGCUCUGAUGUGGCAAAACAUUUGGGUAAAAACAAUGAAUUCAGCAAGCUUGUGGCCGAAGAGUAUCUUAAAUUUUUUGACUUCACAGGCAUGACGCUGGACUGUUCACUCAGGAGUUUCUUUAAGGCCUUUUCACUUAUUGGAGAAACUCAGGAACGAGAGAGAGUUUUAAUCCACUUCUCCAGCAGAUACUACCAGUGCAACCCAAAUGCCAUUUCUUCUCAAGAUGGAGUUCACUGUCUCACGUGUGCCAUGAUGCUGCUGAACACAGACCUGCAUGGCCAUAACAUUGGGAAAAAGAUGACCUGCCAAGAGUUCGUUGCUAACCUCCAGGGAAUGAAUGAUGGCAAGGACUUCCCGAGAGGGCUCUUGAAGGCCCUCUACAAUUCAAUCAAGAAUGAGAAGUUGGAAUGGGCAGUGGAUGAAGAAGAGAAAAAAAAAUCUCACUCGGAUGGUACAGAUGAAAAGGAUAAUGGGAACCAGACAAAGGCUGUCAGUCGAAUUGGCAACUCAAACAACCCAUUCCUGGACAUCCCUCAUGACCCAAAUGCUGCUGUGUAUAAAACUGGAUUUCUGGCUCGGAAAAUCCAUGCAGAUAUGGAUGGAAAGAAAACUCCCCGGGGUAAACGAGGCUGGAAAACCUUUUAUGCUGUGCUGAAGGGAACGGUCCUGUACUUGCAGAAGGAUGAAUAUAAGCCAGAAAAGGCUUUGUCAGAGGAAGAUCUGAAGAAUGCAGUUAGUGUGCACCAUGCUCUGGCAUCCAAGGCAACAGACUAUGAGAAGAAACCCAAUGUCCUCAAGCUUAAAACAGCAGAUUGGAGAGUCCUGCUUUUCCAAGCCCAGAGCCAAGAAGAAAUGCAGACCUGGAUCAACAAGAUUAACUGUGUGGCUGCUGUCUUCUCUGCACCACCAUUUCCAGCAGCCAUUGGCUCUCAGAAGAAGUUCAGUCGCCCACUCCUGCCAGCCACCACAACAAAACUAUCUCAGGAUGAACAACUGAAGUCCCAUGAAGCUAAGCUGAAACAGAUCUCCACUGAGCUUGCUGAACAUCGCUCCUAUCCUCCUGACAAGAAGCUCAAAGGCAAGGAAGUAGAUGAUUACAAACUGAAGGACCACUAUCUGGAGUUUGAGAAAAAUCGCUAUGAGAUCUAUGUUGGCCUCCUGAAAGAAGGGGUGAAGGAGCUGCUGAGCGGAGGAGAGAACGAUGCAUCAGGACUGAAGAAAUCCCACUCAAGUCCUUCUUUGAAUCAGGAGUCUCCAGUUAGCGCCAAGGUGAAACGCAAUGUCUCAGAGAGGAAGGACUACAGGCCAGAAACACCCAGCAUUAAGCAGAAGGUCACUUAGGGUGGAAAUGACAACUAGAGGAACAGCCAUGCAGCAAAGUAUCGGUGGUCAAAAUUUUUUCAUUUAAUAAUCUGUCAUUCACAAAAAAUAAGUGCAUCUGCCUGAAUGGGGUGUUAGUGACAUUUUCUAUUGUAUAUUUUGCUGUUUCUGUGCAGAUUGUGGGAGAUGUCUUUGCUCCUGCUUUGCUUUGCUUUGUUAAUUUAUCAUUUAGCAGUUGAAGCAUCGGGACUUUUUUGUGUUGUUCUGUUUCUAAAGGAGCUGGGGAAGGGGUAGAGCGCUGUGACGUUUAUUCUGUCUCCUCCCCAUUUAUCUCCUCCCAUCGGCAUGUGGCUUUCAUCUCUCAAGUCACUUGUCACUUUAUUAACGUGGUGGGUGGGAAAAAUAACUGGACAAGUGCUGCAGUGCUGUGAAUAUAAGUUGUAGCUGUUCGAACUGUGCAAACAUGCAGCUGCAGAAGGCUGACUAGAGGCUAGGAUGCUGGGAACACUAGUUUCCUGACAAUGUGGGGCAUGUUGGUACUGGUACUUAGCAGCAGGUGGUACAGUAAAUAGUCACUGUUGCUUAUUGUUACUGCAUUGACCCUGGACACAUGAGUGCAAAGAAAUGAAACCUGGAAACCUCUGGCAAUGCUGGGAUGAUGGCAUUGGAAUAAUUUGUUUGCUUCCUUCCAAGCAGAGAGCCUUCUCCUGAAUUUGCAGGCUGGAAGGCAUCCAAACCCAUGCUGUCUCUGCAGUCAGGAAGAUUAGCGAUUACCCAGUUGGAAUGGCUAUCUGGGAUUCACGUUUAUUUGCAGAGAAGGCUGCUGUAGAUGUCAGCCAUUAGCAUUAUAUAUUGAUUAUAUAUAUUAAAGACAAAGGGCCUCUGUGUAGUUUUUAACUAUACGCUCUCACUUAGCUGCUAUAUAGAGCCUUAUGAUAUAUUGUGUCCUGUUGCUUUCCCUUCCACGGGUUUCCUUGUUGGUGUGCACAGAGAACUGCUUUCAAUUCCUCUCAUAGUGACAAAGCACUUUGCCUUUUUUAUUCAGAAAGGGUUUCUCCUCAGUUCUCCAUUUUCCUUCUUUAGCUCACAUACAGGUGGAAGAGGCUGGUGCCUCCUCACAGUUCCUUCAUACCUGUGCCAGGCUUUCCAAGGGGAGCACAGGACUGGGAGAGACCACCAUGGGUAGAUCUUUUCAUACCUGAAAGGCCCUUGUUUGUGCCAUAGGCCCUUGGGAUGGCCAGCAGUUUUCAGGCACAGAGAGCAGAAAGAUGACAUAAUUUUCCUGCUUCGCAGCCCCUCUUGUCUGGGCAGUGUCAUGGCUCUACAGAGAGUGCUGCCUCUCCUGUUACUUAACCUGUUACCUGAGUUUUAAUCUCAGUUUUUACACUGGCCCACAGGGUGAGCUUGGACAGGUCUCUCCCAUUUUGUGUCGCCCUUUCCCUAUAUGAAAUAGUACAACCAAACUGGCCUUUCCCACAGAGCGCCUUGGGAGAUAAUGUUGAGAUCCAGUUGAAAAUUGCUCCUUGCUAUUCAUUCUGUUGUGCCUGGCACAAGACAGCCUUCCUGAUGAAUGCGAUUCUUAAUGCAUAUAGAAAUGUCAAGAUCAAUGCAAGGACUGUUUAGAAAUGCACUGGUGUUUUCAGCCCAAGUAGUCAAAGAGCCACACAUCAAAAAAAUUGCUACCUGAGUGGAUAUGUGUUCUGUCAGGCUUCCCAAGGGUCCAAGUCAAUUCAUCUAGUUUAUUGAGCUGUCAGUCCAGUGGGCAAAACUGGGAAUAAUCAAAGAGAAAAGGCCUUUAACAGGCACUCCAUGACUUACCUCCCCUACCGAGUACCACCAUGCAACAGCUUUCCUGGUAUUGUGCUGACGGUUGGCUGUAACGAUGUUGCACUCUCAGAUGUGAGGUUUUGGGGCAAAUUGAUCCUUGCAGCUGCAGCCUGACAGCAAAACCAGAUGAGACUGUUCUCAUGAGUGAUGUUGGGAUGCGCAUCCAUCUGGCAUCUGCCACUGAGAGUGGCCGCUCUGUGCUAAAAGUCAGGAGGUUGGCUUCUAACCUUGGCAAUGUUGCUAAAAGUUGUAGAUUCCUGACUAGAAAUUGGCAGUGCUUCCCAAGUGCUGGGGCUUUAGAAUUUGUGCAUUCCUACUAAGGUGAAGUUAACAUUUAGUUCUCUUCUUGAAGAAGAGAAAUGUCUUCUGCUGCUGGAGCCAAAGUAAUGUGGUGCAGCUUAUUGCUUGGGGAGACUCAGUGUAGAGAGAUGCAUGAUAGUGCUUAUUGGGAGGGAUUGUUUGGCAUAGUUAAGAGAGGUAGAUCAACAGUUCUUGGGAAACAAAGAUAGAUUCCUGCAGCUGUUUGUCAUGCUUUGGUGGUCGAAAUUGAACAAGCAGAACAGAGAGAAGAAAUUCAAUUGGGGAAUGCUGAAUGCAUGUUUGGGAAGAAAACUCGACCUCUUUGUUACGAUUAAGGAGUGGUAUUCCCCAGUUCAGUGUUCCCACUGAGACUCUCCAAACUUCAUGGUCCUUGCUUGCUCCCUCCUUCCCUUCCCCAUCCUUGCAGUGGGCUGGAGAGAAGAAUUGAAGGCAUAAAAGGCAAAGAUCAUCGGUUGAGAUAACAACAAUUUACUGGAAAUGGUAAUGAGAUCAGAAAAUGAAUGGUAAACAACAAAGGUAUUAAUAACAGUAUUCAAGAAUGCUCACCAUGCAGAACCCAACAAUACCCAAACACUCACUUCCCAAUACCCUGACCCAGAAGGGAUAUCUUCCCCUAUUCCUAGAAAAUGACAUGAGGUGAUAUAGAGUAACCUUCAAGUCCAAGGCCCCUGCCUGGCUACUGCAGAAAUUAAUCCCAUCCUAGCCUGAACCAGUACAUUAUUUUAUAUAACAAUACGAUACAUGCAGCAGACAGAAAACCCAGAAAAGGUGCAGUUCUGUAAAUGGCCCUGCUUGGCUGUCAGGGUUAGGUUGACUGGGUGAUCCUUUUGAAGGAAGGCUAGAACAUGCUUGGCAAACCUCUUGUGUUUAUGGAGUGCAGUACUUCAAAAGGCAAAGAGGUGACAUUUAACUUUCUUCUUCUCUGGAUUUUUAACAUAUUUUGGUUGCUGAAAAUUCCAGUUAAAUUGCUGAGCUCAAGAAGAAAUUACUCCUGUUAAAUGCAUUUUCUGGGUUUGACAUAGAAACUGGGUAAUUCCUCUUCAAAGUCGUUGCAGAAAGAUGAUUUGAAGCAAUAGGAAAAAUCAAAAAGUUAACUGCAAAAAUAUGUUUUUUUCAUUAUUUAUUAUCUAUUUCCAUGUAUACUUGUAAACGGAUUAAGUUAUUUUUUUUAGGUCUCAUCUGAACGUAUCAAAUGCAGUUUUUCACUGCAUUUUUUAGUCAUUAAAUGUUUGUCGAGCUUAGAGCAGUCUUGCUGAGACUGCUGAGACACGCAGAUUAGUUUACUCAGAAUGUAUGGUUUCUGCAGCAGUUUUAAUUGGUGCCCUUUUCCCCUAUUACUUUAUAAUCUAUAAGCAUCCCAGGCACCCAUGUAGAAAUGCACGCUUUUGAGACCAAGAAAAAAAUGUGAUCCCAUUGUGAAAGUCUAAGGCUUCUGCCCACCCUUGGGAAUAGGUUCAUCUACCAAUCAGUACUGUAAUUUGUUUUUUUCCCUCCUGAUGAUACUAUAAAGGGUGGGACAGGUUCUCAGGCAGUCUUAAGUGGUGCAUCUCCUUGAGUAGCUUUGCAUGGUACCCUGCACCCUACCUUUCUUUGCUGAAAUGUUUGCCUUUAGGGGAGAGCACUGCUUGACUGCAGCGACUCAGGAGCUCUGUUCGCAGUAUGUAAGGAUAUUCUGCUGUUUUCAAGCCCUCCUCAGGGACUUGAGCUGCAAAUCACUGGAGCAGUCUGCAGUUUUCUGGGUGUGCUCAGUGCAAGCAGGAGUUACUGGCUGGCUUCCACGAGCAUGUGUGCAUGCUGGAGAUCCUUUGCAUUGGUGACGCAGGGAGGUGUCAUCCUUCCUUGUCACCCUCCCUGCUCCAGUGUGCUAUCAUUGCUCAGGCAAAGCCUCUGCCUGCAUGUAGAGAGUGGGGAUGCAAAGAGUGGAGCAGGCUGGGGCCAACACCUCCUUGCUUCCCCUUUCUUAAGGUGCAGAGGGACCCACCCUGCUUCGAUGUGUUGCUGGCUUACUCAUCCUCUAGGAGCUGGACCCUCUGAUAUCCCCAGCUAAGGAAUGAGAGACAGGAAAGGUCUCCACUAGUCUGCACCUGACAGCAGAGAGCUGAUGGAGAAGGGGAAGAUUGCUUUCCCCUCUCCCCACCCAGCAGCCAAAGAGGGUGAGAUACUCUUCUGAAGCCAAAACCACACUCUCCUUUAUGAGUCAGCAGGAUGCAGAGGACUGGUUGAGAUGGUUUUUGUUCAUCAGCAGCUGUGAAAGAGACUCCCUGUACUGGCUGUGUGUUUGUCUGCAUCUUGCAGAUAAAUUACGCAUGAACCAGUGAACAUGACUACAGCUUCUAAAUCCAGUAUUUAUGUUGUGUCUUUAAUUGAUGUAGGGAGGUAAGUCAGCCAGCAGAGUGAUUAAUGCAGCAGAGUUGUGCUGGAAUGCUAUUCAGCUGUGUUGCCGACUCAAGAGUUUUUCAUCGUAGCCAGUCACUUGUAAAUAGUUACCAGAAACUUUCUAAUGAUUAGUAACAGCUCAUCACUAAAAUACUUUCCCUCUGAUCCUGUCUGCUCCCAGAUUCCAGUGUGUCCAUGUUAAGGGGCUGUCCUGGACAGCCGUGCUCUGCAUAGCCCUGCUUUGAGGAGGAGUUUCGCCUAGCAGACCUCCAGGGACUGGAAUUAUUCAGUGACUUUUCACAGCACCAAUGCCUUUGGACAACAAGGCUGAUCGCUCUUCUGACUUGAAAAAGCCAAAACUUUUGCCUUUUUCCAGUGGGGGAAAUGAGGUUCUUGCUUGACUAGAGCAGGCCAUUCAGUGAAGACAUGGUUAUGGCAGUGAAGGAAGUCAGAAAUGACAAGGUUAUCAUCAGGCUUCUUGGAGGCAUUGCAUGGCAAUAUUCUCCUUGAAAGUGGGAAGGGCUUUUCUCUGCAGAUGGCAUACUGCUUACUGUGUCUGCAUUCUCCAUUUCUAAAUGAAUUUUGGUCUUAUUGCAGUUAGUCUGACAGCUCCUCCUCCUUUU